AUUUUUGUUCGUAGACCGGCAGACAACAAAUUAGGUCUCUCGGUUCAAGACAGACAGUUUCUAGAACUAAUGCAACGUCACUUUCGUAAAGACGAGAAUGGUCUUUGGUCGGCUCCUUUGCCAUUUAUACAACCGAAACCACAAAUGCCUAACAAUCGUUACCAAGCCUGGAAAAGAGCUCAGAUUUUAGAGUCAAGUUUGCGUAAGAACUCUACAAAGCUUGAACACUUUGUUACUUUUAUGUCUAAAGUGCUUAGUAGUGGUGCAGCUGAAGUGGCACCAAAAGAGAUUCCAGGAGAAUGCUGGUAUCUUCCUCUUUUUGGGGUGUACCACCCUAAAAAACCAAAUCAAAUACGUGGAGUUUUCGACUCGUCAGCACUGUAUGAAGGAAUAUCUCUGAAUAGUAUUCUAAUGUCCGGACCGGACCUGACUAAUAACCUUGUUGGAGUGCUGAUGCGUUUUAGAAAGAAUAGAAUUGCUAUAACAGGUGACGUUGAACAAAUGUUUUAUCAAUUUCAUGUUGAUGAAUACCAUCGAGAUUAUUUGCGUUUCUUUUGGUAUGAGAACAAUGACAUUACAAAACCGUUGAUUGAAUACCGCAUGACAGCACAUGUUUUUGGUAAUACCCCUUCACCUGCUGUAGCGACAUAUGGCUUACGUGAAGCUGUUUUAGAAGCUGACACUGAUGUGCGUUCCUUUGUUACGAAUGAUUUUUAUGUUGACGAUGGUCUGAUCUCAUUUGCAGACAAGGAUGAUGCAAUUGACCUUAUGAAAAGAACACAAAAAGCUCUCAAGGAUAAUGGCAACAUACGAUUACACAAAAUCAUUUCAAACGAUAUCGAGGUAAUGAAAGCUUUUCCUUUAGAUGACUUAGGAAAGGAGUUAAAAGAUUUAGAUUUUUGCUCAGAUACUUUGCCUAUUCAACAUAGUUUAGGUUUGUCGUGGAAUUUACAGACAGACAUGUUUAUCUUUCGUGUCAAUGAUGAUGAAAAACCAAUCACCCGUAGAGGCAUUCUUUCAACUAUUAACAGUUUGUUUGAUCCGUUGGGUUUUAUUUCGCCGCUAGUCAUCAGUGGGAAAAUUCUACUUCGAGAAGUUGUUCCACCAGGAACUGAUUGGGAUGAUCCGCUGUCUACUGAUCAUGCAACAAAAUGGAAAAACUGGUUGAAGUCUUUGAAAUCUGUUAGUUGUUUUCAAAUACCGCGUAUGAUUGUUCCUGUAUCUAUUUCUUUGACACGCCAAGUUGAUAUCCACAUUUUUUCUGAUGCUUCAGAACAAGCAAUCUCUGCUGUGGCUUAUCUAGAGGCAAUUGAUGAAACUGGUUCAGCGUUUAUAGGUUUUCUUACUGGAAAGUCUAAACUUGCACCUAUCAAAGGUCAUACUAUUCCUAGAUUGGAACUGUGCGGUGCCGUGUUGGCUACGGAAGUUGGAGAAGCGAUAUGUCAUCAUAUGAAUCUGUCUCCGAGUGUUUGUCAUUACUAUACAGACAGUCGAGUAGUGUUAGGAUAUAUAUGUAAUACCACCCGUCGAUUCUUCACAUAUGUCAGUAAUCGUGUGGAAAAGAUUCAUAAAGUGUCGGAACCUUCACAGUGGUCAUAUGUAUCAACGGAUAGAAACCCAGCUGACUUAGGGACUAGAUUUAUUAGCUCUCCAGACAUGCAAGUUAUUAGUUCUUGGAUUAACGGACCGAAUUGGUUAUUAAACAAGGAACCCUUUGAUAUGGUAUCUUUUCCGUUGUUAUCACCACAAGACGAUAAGGAAAUUCGUUCUGAAAUUGUUUCACGUAAAACACAAAUUGACAGUCUACAGAUUAACUCUCAACGAUUCAGCAAGUUUUCUAGUUGGAGAUCUCUCGUUAGAUCAUUAUCACUCUUAAGACACAUAGCUAAGACAUUAAGUAGUGCACCUACAUCUCGUUGCAAAGGUUGGCAUAUUUGCGCUGAAAAGGACACUCCAGAAUUUAUCAAGGGUACCGAAACAUUGAUCAUUCGACAAGUACAGAAGGAAUUCUUUCAACACGAAAUAGAUUCUUUAAAUACCGACCAGCAUGUUCCCAAAAAUAGUGCGAUUUUAAAACUUGACCCAAUACUGGAUGCACAUGGUAUCUUGCGAGUAGGAGGUAGAUUGAAUCGCUCUACAUUGACACUUGGUGAAAAGAAUCCUAUUUUAAUUCCUGGUAAACACCAUAUUGCGAGAUUACUAGUGUUACAUUACCACGAUAAAGUCCACCAUCAGGGACGUCAUAUUACCGAGGGCGCAAUCAGGACUGCUGGUUACUGGAUUACCGGUCUCAAGCGUUUGAUAUACUCAAUUGUUUCAAGUUGCAUUUUAUGCCUAAGGUUUAGAGGUACUUUUUCGUCUCAAAAAAUGGCUGAUCUUCCAGAAGAAAGACUUUUAGCAUGCCCACCAUUUACAUACGUUGGCGUUGAUUGUUUUGGACCCUGGAACAUUGUUACAAGACGGACUCGUGGUGGAAGCGCAAAUUCAAAACGAUGGGCUGUAUUAUUUGUCUGUUUUUCAUGUCGAGGUGUGCAUAUUGAAAUAAUUGAAGAGAUGACUACCGCAUCCUUUAUAAAUUCACUUCGCCGCUUCAUAUCAAUCAGAGGAUAUGUUAAAGAAUUCUUUUCUGAUAGAGGAACCAACUUUAUCGGCGGCGCCCGAGAGCUCGGCAUAGAAGCUAUUUUUGUUGAGGACUCACUGUUUCAAUCAUUCAUGAAAGAACAAAAAACUGUGUGGAAAUUCAAUACACCGUACUCGUCCCAUAUGGGAGGUUCAUGGGAACGUCUCAUUGGCAUAGCAAGACAAAUAUUGGACUCAAUAUUGUUUGAAGCAGGACAUCAUCGACUCACACAUGAAGUCUUGUGUACUUUCAUGGCAGAAACAACAGCUAUUAUGAACGCUCGUCCUUCAGUGCCUAUUUCAUCCGAUCCUAACUCACCAUUUAUCUUAUCUCCAAAUACUUUGCUAACACAGAAAGUAAGUGAAAAUAUUCAGGACUUCAGCCAUUUGAACACGCAUGAUGUUUACACAAAUCAGUGGAAAUUUGUUCAGGUUUUAGCAGACAAAUUUUGGACACGUUGGCGACAAGAAUAUUUGCAGUCGUUACAAACUCGUCGCAAAUGGCAGCACAUCAAACAAAACAUUCAAGUAGGUGAUUUAGUGCUUCUUAAAGACAAUGAACUCCAUCGAAAUAACUGGCCAAUAGGUCUUGUUGAACGUGUUUUUCCCGGUAGAGACAAUUUGAUCCGUAAAGUUCAGUUGAGGGUUGUAAGAGACAAACAACAUCGUGUGUAUGUGCGCCCAAUCAGCCAAAUUGUUUUACUGUGUCAUAGUUGAGACCUUUAUUUAAGAAGUUUAACAAGUAUUUGACUGAAAUGUAGUAUUUUUGAACACUGGUAAGUUUGUUUUGAUAAGAACGUUUUUGCUCUAUGAGUAUGGUGAUAUUUUUCAUAUCAGACGGGGAGUGUGCUGUUUCAUUCCUUCUAUAAUUUGAUAACUUUAUUAAUUUUUGUCUAAUUGUCUUUGUUUACAUUUGUACUUUCAUUUUAGUACUACUUUCACUUUUCAUUCCAGGUAAAUUUACCUUUACUUUUUAUUUUUAUAAUUACCUGUACUUUCAUUUUAAUGAGUACUUUCACUUUCACUUUAAAGAGUUAAUUUCCUGUUUCCUGUGUAUACUCAUAGAUGUUGUGUACCACAACAAGGUUGACAAAUGUUUUGAAUCUAACUAGAACUUGGUCAUCCUAUGCUGGCAGACCAAUAUCUUUUUACCACACGCACUCACCACAUGUAUGUAACAACUUGAACUGUAUAUUAUAUCAAUAUUAAACAUUAUUGGAUAAGAUUA